CAUUGCGCACCGCCUCGAUAUUUGGUCGGAGGAACGGGGCACAGCUGCCCCGAACCCUCGUCAGCAAGGUUUUGACAUGGAAGCGAUUGGUUCCGUCGUUUGCACCGUACUCGGUACCCGUUCCCGCUGUCAGCUAGAGAGUUUAGAAAAUUUCCGACACCUCAUCCCCUUCAUAAGGCUGAGGGAUUCUCUCUUUCUCUGAAAUUAAAUAUACAGUCAUGCUUCUGCUAUUUGAGUCUGAAAGUUUGCUUUGUGUAACGUCAAUGAAUUGAUUUAAAGUUUGAGGCGUUGUUAGGAUGUUGGGUUUCGACGCCGGAUGGUCCGGAUUUGAUGUUGGAUCGUGGCUUUCAGUAUUUUGUACAAGUGUGUGCAUGCUUAGUAUUCAAUAUCUUCUUUUGAAGACGGAUAGGGCGAGAAAAGUGCUGCCGCCAGAAGUUGUGCCGACACAGACUGAGUUGUAUGCGGCAGUUGGGUGCUUUUGGCUAUCAUAUCUCGGUUCAAUCAAGACUUUACUUCAUGGAAUCAGAGGACUUCUUUGGAUUCUGUCAGAGCUUAAUUUUCUCGAUAGACCGCAAUUCCCACAUGGCACCAGCUGGCCAUCACGUUCGGAGGACAGUCCAAAACAAGAAUUCUCGGAGGCGAAACUCGGUUUACAACUAUUCAACCUUGUUAUCCUGACCUGGCAACUUCAUCAAGUCACUCUGCUGAUCAUAAAUGUCACUAUCCCAUUUAUCAAAAAGGUGCAGCAACACCCACAGUUCGCUCUCUCGCUUCUCUGCUCUCGGCUACAGUCCCUCAUCGCCUUCCUUCAACUCAUCACCAUCGGCCAGUCAUCCACAUCUCAACAGAUUCCACUCAAGCUCUGCAUCUCAGACGAGAACUCAUCCCUCUCAACAAUCCAAAAAGUCAGGUUACAACGAACGCAAACCGCUUCGCCCAAGAAAGGGCGAACACUAUCCUGGAGUCUGACGGUCGACAAGGAAGCAUUGGACGAAAUGAAAGAAACUCUUGGUCCUCCUGGUGGAUUUGGAGAGUUAGGGUUUUGUGUUGGGAAGGACGAGGUUAGAUUCGAAGCGAUGGGAAAAGGAACAAGUUUUGGGUUGAUGUUUGGGAUUGAGGACAAAGAGGAUGGGGUGGUGACCAAGCCUGCUGUGAGGCCCGUGGUAUCGGGGAGGAGGAGAAAGACGAAAUGAGCGGCUUUAUUUUACCUUGAUACUGGAGUCUGAUGAACCAGUGGGUUUUCUGAGUUGGACGAUCUACAGGCCUGGAUUGAUACCCUCAUAUGACGCGGAUGUACAGAUAUGAAUCAACGUCUGAACCUUCGGCUCACUUUCCCCUAGUGGAUUUGGACUUUUGGUGCAAGAAAA